AUGGCCUUCGAGAAGGAGCAUGGCAACCACAUGAUAGAAGAGAUGAAGGCGCGGCUUGGGCGCUUCAAGCCACACGUCAUGGAGUACAUUCAAGCGCUAGUGGAGGCAUGCUUCGAAGGUGUUGAGCAUGGGGUGCGGUUCAGCAUGAGCCCACUGGCAUACCGGCGUGUCAUACAGGGGGAUGUGUGCGCCCUGGCAGAAGGACGGCUGAUCGGCAAGCUCACGGCAGCUGGGCAUGAGAUCCCUCCUGGCAAUGAGAUUAGGAAACCACCUGAGCUUGAGGUGAUUGGUGAUGAGGUGGAGGAUAGGGAGUGGAGAGCGGAGAUGGCAGAGCAGAUGCAUAGGCUGGAGGUUCGCAAUGAGAGUCAGGCAGCGGCUAUUGCCAAGCUCGAGAGGCAACUGCGUGAGCUGAUGCUGUCCCGUACUCCACAGCCGGGCAUUGGCGGUGUCGAUACAGGGGAGGGACAUGGUGAUGUGGGAGGGGACGCUACAGGAGAGGGACAUGUUGAUGUGGGAGGGGACGCUACAGGGGAGGGACAUGAGGAUGCGGGAGGGGAUGCUGUAGGGGAGGGACAUGGGGAUGUGGGAGGGAACAACGCUGGCACACAUGACAGCAUGAGAGGUGCACAUGGCGAGGGUCCUGUGGCUGACGCUGAGACGGGUGUGGGUGGGAAUAACAGUAAGCUUGAAAAAGAUGCAGAUGGUGAUAUGGCGGACGGUGCGAGGAGGGACAAUGAGGAAGUGGGGGUGCGUGAUGAAGGUGCCAAAGGCUUGUUGGGUACUACGGAUGGUAACAUAGGUGCAAGAGAGGCCGUGGAUGCUGGGCAUGGUGUGACAGCCUCGAACGCGGAUGUGGAUUUGGUGUCCGCCCACAGCACAGAGACUAAGACAACGAGUCGCAACACUGCGCGUGGUCAAGCUCUUAGCUCUGGUUAUACUGGCGUAACCAAACGGGAAGGUAGGUGGGCGGCACGACUGUGCGUAGAUAGCGCAAAGAGUAAGUUUUUAGUGCUUGGACGGUAUACGGAGAUCUUGGAUGCCGCAAAAGCAUAUGCCGCAGCCGCCCACAUUUGCCGACCGUCCCUCUCCAGCUCAACGAUGGUGGAGUUGAGCGUGGAGGAGAGGCGGUGCUUGGAGGGACUGACGACGCAUGGGGUUGCAAGGAUAGUGGAGGCCAAGCGGUGGGCAGAGUGGAGGAACUGGCGAGAAGUGCUCGGCAGCCUCCCUGAGCCUUCCAUCCCAACGCCAGCAGGAGUACACACACAGGCUCCACCUCCCUUUUCCCACCAGCACCCUGGAGCCACGUUUGGCAACUACCACCCGCUAGCCGCCGCCUUCGCGGGACACGCCGGUGCAACCCUAAACCCUGGUGCAUAG